AUGCCACUCUAUGCCAAGUUCUUAAAGGAGCUUAUAACCAAAAAAAGGAAUUGGGAGGCAAAAGAAACCAUAGUACUGACUGAGGAAUGCAGCACUAUCAUACAGAAGAAGUUGCCUCAAAAGCUGAAAGACCCAGGGAGUUUUCAAAUCCCCUGCAUCAUAGGGGACAUUACUAUUGAGAAAGCUUUGAGUGAUUUGGGAGCUAGCAUAAACCUUAUGUCCCUAACUAUGAUGAGAAGGAUGAAGAUUGAGGAAGCCAAGCCAACAAGAAUGGCACUCCAAUUGGCUGACAGAACAUUUAAGUUUCCACAUGGGGUGGUGGAAGACUUGUUAGUGAAAGUAGGAGAAUUCAUCUUCCCUGCUGAUUUUGUUGUGCUGGACAUGGAAGAAGAGGCCAACACGUCAAUUAUUCUAGGAAUACCAUUUCUAGCUACUGCUGGAGCCAUCAUUGAUGUGCAGAAAGGGGAACUAGUCUUGAGAUUGCAUGAAGAGAAAAUGGUCUUCAACGUCUUUAAAGCAAUGAGUUACCCCAAUGAUCCUAUAGGAGAAUGUAUGCUGGUGGACACCAUGGAACAGACAAUUCAAAAAGUCGUGGAAGAAGAAUAA